UACUAUCACUAGCGCACACCGAGGUGCCAUCAGUGGCGAACCGCUCCUCGACCGUGGACAAGGUCCUCGCGCGUUUCCUCUUUUAGUCCCGGCAGGUCGGAUGGAGCUUCUAGGCUUUUUCGUUUGAUCAAAAAGACUGGACUUGAGACGGAUUAAAACGAAAAGAGAGAAGAUAUGGCGAACACGGCUCAUCUCGUUCGUCGGCAAAGCUCCCGCGAUCUCAAGCCCCAGAAGAGCAUCGAUAAGCUUGAAAUGAAAGAGAUGCGUGGUAGAUUAGUGGUGGAUAAUCGAAAGAACAUCGCCACUGCCAAUUACGGGGCCACUAACGCGGCCUUUGAAGACAGCAGUCCUAAUAAGAGCAAAACGGGAAAUGGUCCCGUCAUUGUUAAUAACGAUGGCAAGGCGAUUUUCCGGCCGGAAGCGGGCGAAGACGAACGUGAAAAUUGGGAUAGUAAGCUCACUUUCCUCCUGGCGACUGUAGGAUACGCGGUGGGUCUUGGAAACGUAUGGCGCUUUCCCUAUUUGGCUCAAAAGAAUGGUGGAGGUGCUUUUCUAAUCCCUUACUUUGUGAUGCUGGCUAUCGAGGGUAUACCCAUAUUUUAUCUGGAAUUGGCAAUCGGCCAGAGAUUGAGAAAAGGCGCCAUUGGAGUGUGGAACCAGGUAUCUCCGUAUAUGGCCGGCAUCGGAGUCAGCAGCGCCGUAGUGUCCUUUAACGUGGCUCUUUACUACAACACCAUUAUUGCCUGGUGCCUAUUUUAUUUUGUUCAGAGUUUCCAGUCGCAGCUACCUUGGGCGGAGUGUCCCAACAAGUACUUCCAGAAUGGAUCUUACGCUCCCGAACCCGAAUGUCUGGUUAGCAGCCCAACGCAAUAUUUCUGGUACCGGACUACCUUGAUGAUAUCUAAAGAUAUUAAUACACCUGAAGUGUUUAAUUGGAAGAUCGCCCUGGCGUUGAUCAUCGCGUGGAUCCUCGUUUAUAUGUGCAUGAUCAAGGGUAUCGCAUCCUCGGGCAAGGUCGUGUAUGUGACUGCUACAUUUCCAUACAUCGUCUUAAUAAUUUUCUUCUUUCGGGGCGUAACGUUGAAAGGAAUGUCGGAUGGUCUGCGGCAUCUCUUCAUGCCGAAGUGGUGGACGUUAACCGACCCGGUGGUGUGGUUAGAGGCUGGAACGCAAAUUUUCUUUUCUCUAGGUUUGGCUUUCGGUGGUCUGAUAGCAUUCUCUUCGUACAAUCCAGUAAACAACAACUGUUAUCGGGACGCCAUCAUGGUCAGUCUGACAAAUUGCUUCACAUCUAUGUUCGCAGGGAUUGUCGUUUUUUCGAUUAUAGGGUUCAAAGCCACGAUGGUUUACGAACAAUGCUUGUCGGAAAGAAAUAGCACUCUAAUAAAUAUAUUUGGCCAAUCCGAUAAAAUACCCGAGGAAAUCCCAAGUACUGGUACGCUGCUAAACAUCACGAGCAAUGGAACGUGGAGCAACUUAAUAAUGCCAGAACUGCCCGAGUGUGACCUGGAAAAGGAAUUGGAUAAUUCAGCAUCGGGCACAGGUUUAGCGUUUAUCAUAUUCACUGAAGCUAUCAAUCAGUUUCCCGGUGCCCAAUUCUGGUCAAUAUUGUUCUUCCUGAUGUUAUUCACGUUGGGAAUUGACUCCCAGUUCGGUACCUUGGAAGGUGUUGUCACCAGUAUCGUCGACAUGAAGCUGUUUCCUAAUUUAAGGAAGGAAAUUUUAACAGGUGCGAUUUGUUUGGUAUGUUGCAUAAUCUCUAUGGCCUUCGCACAUGGAGCUGGCAGUUACAUCUUCGUGUUGUUUGACAACUUCAGCGGAAACUUUCCGUUGCUCAUAAUCGCGUUCUUCGAAUGUGUAGGAGUGUCCUAUGUCUAUGGUUUAAAAAGAUUCGCUGACGACAUCGAAUUGAUGACUGGCAAUCGACCUGGCCUUUACUGGUUGAUAUGUUGGAAAUACCUCAGUCCACUGGCAAUGUUAAGUAUCCUGAUCGCGUCUUUUGUUGAGAUAUUUUUUGAAGGGAGUGGUUAUCCGGCCUGGAUAGCGAGUAAAGGCAUUACGGAGAAACAUGAGUGGCCCGUUUGGGCACUAGUUCUCAUCGCUAUUCUCAUUCUCACUUCCGUUCUGUGGAUACCUGCGGUCGCCAUUUGCAGGUACUUUGGAAUUCUCAUCAUUGAUGACAACGAAAAGGCUUGGUUCCCUGCAGCUGAUCUCAAGGAGUUCCAUGGAAUCGUGCCGCAUGAAGUAACAGCGGCUGAGACAUUACUGUUUUGCAUUAGGAGCGAUGGUUCCGAAGGUUUGUGCUGUCCUACAGGUGGUCCUAGCGAUGACGAGGACGAAGACCUUACCUAGGAUUGAUCUCAAUCGCGACGCGCGUUUCCAUGGAUGAUUUUGCUUCGAGAAAUGCUUCACUUCAUUCUGUGACAACCCAUCUUUGACUGCUGCUGCUGCUGCUUAAACAAAAGUGGCUGAUAUCUGUUUUGGUGAAUCUGGUCGAAUUGUAGUCAACGCAUCUGCGGUAGGAUCUUGUCUAUUGUGUCAAUUAACGUAAAAGCUUCGGCAUUAGAAGUUAGUUAUUUCUUCAUGGUGAGAAGACGGAGAUACAUUCAUGAAAUGGAUUCAUUUUAUGUUUUUUAAACUAUAAACGUAAUAAUUUUUAACUGUCAGAUUUAAGUUUUUUUCUCUACUAUCCGCAUGUUUUCUAUAUUCGAAGAUUCGAAGCAUUUGUUAAUGAACUGAUAAAGAAAAAUAUCGAGAAUGUAUCCUCGCCUCAUAUAACAAUUGUUAUAUAAUUUUAUUCGAAUUUUUCGAGUGACGUUAACUAUUGCGAAAUGGCUAUCGAAGCUUCACGAAUAAUGAUAAAUAUUAGG